AUGCAACGUGGUGUUGCACAGAGUACAACCGGAACUCGAUGGACAAAUGGAAUUGUACCUUAUGUUAUGUCGACUGAUUUCACUGCUCAACAACAAGCACUUAUAGCUGAUGCUAUGAGAAAUAUAGAACGAUUGACUACCAUCAAUAAUCGUAAAUGUGUACAAUUUCGCCCAAAGGUUUCCAAAGAUCAAUAUUCAAUCUUAAUUAAAACAGGCGCUGGCUGCUCGUCACAUGUAUGA